GAGCCGCGCAGCUGGUCCGCUGUGGGAUGCGGGAAGGACGGAAUUAGUCCCAGCACUGUGACUUUUCCAUCAUGUCAGAACCUAUCACGCUCAAUGUUGGAGGAAAGCUCUAUACCACCUCUCUGUCCACUCUGACUAGCUUUCCAGACUCCAUGCUGGGGGCCAUGUUUAGUGGGAAGAUCCCAACCAAGAAGGACAGCCAAGGCAACUGCUUUAUUGACAGAGAUGGCAAAAUCUUCCGCUAUAUCCUGAACUUUUUACGAACUUCUCACUUGGAUCUUCCCGAAGAUUUUCAGGAAAUGGGCUUACUGCGACGGGAAGUAGAUUUUUAUCAAAUUCAGCCCCUGAUUGAGGCCUUGCAGGAGAAAGAGGUAGAGCUUUCUAAAGCAGAGAAAAAUGCCAUGCUCAACAUCACCCUCGAUCAGAAGACCCAGACUGUUCACUUCACUGUCCGAGAAGCACCCCAGAUUUACAGCCUGUCUUCCUCCAACAUGGAAGUGUUCAGUGCUCAUAUCUUCUCCACGUCGUGCCUGUUCCUGAAGCUUCUUGGUUCCAAACUGUACUACUGUUUCAAUGGAAACCUUUCCUCAAUAUCCAGUUACCUGCAGGACCCCAACCACCUGACCUUAGAUUGGGUUGCAAGUGUGGAAGGCCUUCCUGAAGAGGAGUACACCAGGCAGAACUUGAAGAGACUUUGGGUGGUGCCAGAUAAUAAGCAAAUCAAUAGUUUCCAGGUGUUUGUGGAAGAAGUGCUGAAAAUAGCCAUGAGUGAUGGUUUCUGCAUAGAUUCUGCUCAUCCACAUACUUCAGAUUUCAUGAAUAAUAAGAUUAUUCGCCUAAUUCGGUACAAGUAGGAAUGGCUGUUGUGGUGCUAGCAUGGAGAUAACACAGGUUCAGUGUUUCCCUUUAAAACACACAGCCUAAUUCAGAAUCAUGCUUAUCUGGAUUAAGUCACUAACAAGGAGAUGAUUUUCCUUUAAUGUACUUACCAAUACGACCUUCCAGAAUAUGUACAUAUUCCAGACAGAAGCAAUAUUGUCUAGCGCCUGAAUUAAGGACUGGCUCUGUCUCUGCCUCUGCCUCUGACCUGCUGUACAAUUCUGGGGAAAAUCACUUAACUUCUGUCGUCUCUGCAGUUGGAAAAUGGGUGAUCCUUAACCUGCACUGCCAGGGAAUGUGAGAGUUCAGUACCCGUGGUUUGGAAUGUAUCUGGAGAAUGGAUGCAGUGAAAGAUACCACGGAGCUGCAGUGCAGUAGACAGCCCUAGGAGCACAUUUGCCAUGCCUUGCUGUAUCACCUGUGCAGAGCAUUCAAGAAGCUUUGGAUCUGCGGAGGAGAAGCCUUCCCACAUGCACUCAAGACAGCUGUAAAGGACGGUACAAGUUGCAAAUGACUGAGGGAUCCCAUCUCUUUGGGUUCAACAAAGGAUUUCUGUGAAGCUGGCUUGGGGUUUUUUCUCAACCCUGUGUGGAAGCCCCUGCUUUAUUGUGCUUUAGGGAAACUGUGUUGGAAUAAUGUGACUGGCAAGGAAGCCACAGAAGAGAGAAUGGUGUUAUUACAAACCAAGAAGAUUAAAUCUUUACUUUUACAUUCCAAAGGCAUCUGAGACAACUAGUCCUUUUCUUUCUCUUACAAUGGUAAUAGCUGUCUGGAGGAUGCUGCUGAAACUUUCUAAAGGGAAGACAGAUUUUGGGGCAGAGGCCCCCAAAUGUCUUCUAAACAUUUGAGCCUCUUUUGGGCAUAUCUCCCUUCAGCAGUGCCUGGAAUGCAUGGGAUACUAUCCGGGUAGGAUGGAUUUCAUUUGAAAAGACAACAUUCUCACCAGGUUAUACCUAAUAUUUUUCAUUGCAAAAAGAGAGGGUCAUUUUUCCUAUUCUGGUUCAUUGAGCCUUUUUUUGUCUAAUAUCUUUGUGAAAUGGUCAGGUCACUAAAAGAAUUUUACCUGCUUGCUUGGGUUCAGUGUCAGCUUGCCAGAGGGAAAGCAGUGGGAAAUCAGAGGUCAAACUCUUCCCUACACACCUGGUCUGUGCUGUAAUGAAGAUCAUAACUCACUAGCUGCAUGUUGUCUCUAAACAUAAUUUGUGCCACAUUCAAGAUGGUUCUUUCUUAGCUAAUUAUGUUUAAAAGUAUCUUAACUGUAUUUCCCAAACCAGAUUGUUAUGAGUGCAUGAGAGGCCCUCUGGAACUUUUUCAGGUAUCUUUAAUGAGAUAGAAGGGAAAAUGCAAUAACUAAGUUUUGCAUUUAGAGGCUUAGUGCUUCCAAAGGUUUCUAGCACAGGGCUGCAAAGCUCAGUAAUGCGCAUGUUCUUGUUUCCCAAAGCAGCUACUCUGUUACACUAAGCUGACCUGUGAACAAGCAUAAAGAAGCUUUUUUUUCUUGUAAAAAAACAAUGUGAUCAAUAUAUUUCUACUGUCCCAAACUGUGACUGCAUGCUCAACACAAAUCAGCAUGCUCAUGGGUAAAAUGCACAUUCUGCAGUUGUUACAAACCACUGCCCUUUGUCUGACUUAGUGCUAAACCAGCAUGAUAUACGUGGGACCAUGUUGUCAGAAAGCACUUAUUGGGCUUGAAACCCACUUCGGCUUGAAGAACCACUAAACGUGGCAAAUUUUGAUUGUAAACAGGAUUUUGUGAGCAAAUUCCAAUUUGAGUCACCAUGUUGUUCUAUAUUUAGUUGCAUUAGGAGGAACCUUUCUUUUUCCUUUUUCCAUCCCAGUCCUGAAUUACAAAGCAUGAGCUGGCUGGUCAGCUGGACAUUGACAGGGAUGAUCUGUGCUGGUAAUAUGAUUAUGAUGUGUAAAAUGAACCCUCUUUCAUCAAAUCUGUGACUUGAAACAGAUAUGCCCUUGUUGAAUUUAUGCUAACAGAGAUUUUGGGGACUGUUGAUGGUAUUUCUUUUUAAUCGACACCCUUGAGAGUAGAUUUUAAAUGAUCUGUAACCAGAGCUCUUGUAUGUCAUGACUAAAAUAAUACCAGUAGGAAUUUG